AUGGAACGUUAUCAAUUGUAACAGCGAUUCCGACCAAUGCAUUAUCACUUAUUGUUUUAUGAUAAUUUUCCUCGUUGCACAGUACUGUGCGUGCAAGAUGGCGGAACGGAGCCAGCAAGAUUUUAACAGGAGCGCGUUGACAGUGCGAUGUGGGCGGGCUAGGUACACGGGACAACGAGCGGAAAAGAUCCCGGCGGGUUUGGUGGGUGUCGUAGGCGACGAUUGCACGAGUUUAGAUCUAUCCUACAACGAGCUGACCUCGAUCACCGCUGUCAAACAGUACCAGAGGCUGCAGGAGCUCGUGCUCGACAAUAACAAACUGCGAGACUUGAAAACGUUGCCUCAUAUACCGAGCUUGACUACUCUUAGUCUGAACAACAACAAGAUAAGCGACAUAGACGGCGCGUUAAAAAGGAUAGCGGAGUGUUGUCCAAAAGUGGUUUACGUGAGCCUGCUAGGUAAUCCAGGAUGUCCUGAUCAAUUGACGAAUCCGACGUCGACCGACGAGGAGGACUACGACCGUUACAGGCUGUACGCGAUCUACACGUUACCUUCGACGUUACGGUUCUUGGACUCGCGUCCCGUCACGGAACAAGAGCGGAAGGACGCGGAAAGGCGAGGCAAAUUCUCGAGGACCGUGAAACUGGUCCCGGAAUUUUCAUCGAAGGUCGCGCCGAACCCUGCAGAGGAGUUCGAUGACAUAUUCUUUAACAUUAACUACACGCCUCUGCCUAGGUCCCUUCGAGAUCCACUUGAUCACAAAGGAGCGUUUGGGAAAUGUAAGUACCGAUACUCUGGGAAGAACUCGGAGGGGAACCGAUUUAUCUCGAAUAACGAUCUGUGAAUCGGACGUGAAUGUAUGACAGCGAUCAGGCCCGUAGAGAUGCACAAGUCUUUCACCGUCGAUCGACCGAGAAAUCUUAUCUACGUGCCUGAUCACUCGUUUCUUUGAUAGAUUAAUUCUUUUUUUUUAUACACCUACGUCGAAUAAAGGUAUUCAGUCAAAACGA